CAUGUUUGGAAGCUCCGACGAAGUGCACGCUGGGAAGUGAAGUCCUGGGCAGCGGCCUCGUCAGUGUGUGGGAUCAGCUGACGGACUACAUUUCCCAGAACCGCCCACGGGAGGGGCGCUGCCAGUUUUGAGGGCGCUGAUUGGCUGGAGAGGGAGGCACGGGAGAAGCAGCAGUUAGGUAAUGAUGGGAGGAGGGGACAAGAGUGAGAGGAGUCCGGUGUAGCUUGCAUAUCACUACCCCGUAGGGGUGAACCAUGCCACCGACAAAGAGAAAGCGGAGAGCCCCACCAGCCAAAGAUUCCAAGGAGUUGAAUGACGAAAAGGAAGAUUCAGGUGCAGAACAAAAGGUUAAAGGGCGGAGGAAGGCGGCAGCGUCUGUGGGGUCCAGCUCCAGUGAGAAGCAGAAAGAAGAAUAUCGUUAUUGGCUUAUGAAAUCUGAGCCAGAGAGCCGAAUAGAGAAAGGAAUGGACAUGAAGUUCGGAAUUGAAGAUUUGAAGGCCCAACCUGACCAGAUAGCAUGCUGGGACGGAGUGCGAAAUUAUCAGGCUCGGAAUUUCCUGAGACAAAUGAAGGUCGGCCAGGAGGCGUUUUUCUAUCACAGUAACUGUAAGGAGCCCGGUAUCGCUGGGGUUGUAAAGAUUGUGAAGGAGGCAUACACAGACCACACUCAGUUUGAGCCGAAGAAUCCUCAUUAUGAUGCUUCCAGCACCCGGGAGAAUCCAAAAUGGUCCAUGGUGGACGUGCAGUUUGUACGGAUUCUGAAACGUUACAUCCCAUUGGCAGAGCUGAAGCAGCUACAUCAGAAGCACAAGACGUCGGACGGCCCUCUGCGACACAUGGCGCUCUUUACCAGAGCUCGGCUCUCCGUACAGCCCCUCAUACAAGAAGAGUUUGACUUUGUGUUGAGCCUGGAAGACAAGAAGCUCUAGAAGAGGUUCAAUGGAAACUCGCCUUCCUAUUCUGUUUACUGAGAAGAACUAUUGGCACUUGUUUUUUAGUUUUUGUACUUUUUUAAAUGCAUUUCUUAUAUUUCAAUGUGUUUAUCUGCAAUGAUUAAAAAGUUAUUCUCCUGACAA